AUGGCUCCGAGAGAAAGAUCCAACAAUCCGCCGGCGAACCCGAAUCUGAAAGCGAACUCCAUGGAGAUCCGAUACAGAGGCGUGAGAAAGCGUCCGUGGGGUCGUUAUGCCGCCGAGAUCCGCGACCCAGGCAAGAAAACCCGUGUCUGGCUCGGUACAUUUGACACUGCUGUGGAGGCAGCGCGUGCUUACGAUGCGGCCGCGCGUGAGUUCCGAGGCGCGAAAGCCAAAACCAAUUUUCCCACACCAAACGAGACCACCUUCACGCGCAGCCCUAGCCAGAGCAGCACUGUGGAGUCGUCCUCUCCUCCUCCGCCUUCCCAAACGUCUCUGCAGGCGGUGGGCUUAAACCAAAUGGGAGUUGGGGUGGCGGCUUACCCCGCCACGGUUGUACGUCCGUUUUUGUUCUUCGAUGUGUUCUCACGCGACUCGUGCAGGUUCGAUCGACCAGUGGCGACCGCCGCCCAUAGUGACUCGGAUUCGUCAUCUGGUGUCGUCGAUGACAAUCAUCAUCACGGUUCGGAGAGGUCGUUGAUGAAUCUAAAUCUCGAUCUUAACCUCCCACCCCCGCCAGAGGUUGGAUGA